AUGGACGGGAAUAAGAACAACGCUAGCGACGCCCGGAUGGGAAGGCCUUCAACGCUAGUGAUACUGGACAUGGAGGACUUCAUCGCUCGUGUCGCCGGACGGGGAGUAAACUACCAUCUCAAACUUACGCUGGAGUAUGUGAGCGAUCGACUAAUCCGACGGCGGAAACAGAAAAUGGGGUUCAGCUUUGGUGGAAACGGAAGCUAG